UAUAAAUAUUACGUCAAAGUGACAUUCCCCUUUUAAAAAUCUUAUCUAUUAUUUUUAAACAUGAGAAACGCUAGUGAUAUUUUUUGCCUAAAUGAAGAUUUAACAGAUGGAAGACAGAUAUUUUCAAUAAACGGGUACUCUCCCAUGAAGUUAAAAAGGCGCCCUAGAUCUUCACAAAGUAAUGGCUUUGUAUACGGCUCCUCAAAGCCCAUUAACAACUUUGAAGUAGGAGACAAAGUUAUGGAAAAACAGGAUUUAGAGAAAUUGAAUGGAUCAGAUGAAGGUACAGAGCAAGAUGUUGAUGUAGUCGAUAAUUUCAACGAACUCAAUUUAAAAGAAGACAUUGAUGAAAUGGACGAACUAUCAGCUAGGCACGAAAUGGGUGAUGAAACUAUCGUCCAAUCUUCAAGAAGUGUUCCUAUUACUCCUAUAGAUACCAGAGAAUUUAAUAUUAUUUCAGGAAGAAGCACUGCAAGCACAGUAAGAAAAAGCAUUAACAGUGGAAAGAAGCAAUCGUCAAGAGGAAAACCAUCAACGUCAUCUGAAGGUGUUUUAUGCUCUACGAGUAGUAUGCUACGCAACCCUAUAACUGGUGUUGGGAUGGAAACAACCAAAUAUAGAAAGGCUAAAAAGGGUAUGGGAAGUAAAAAUCAGAAGUGGGUUUGGUAAAUGAAUGUUAUCAUUUAUUCUGUAAAGUUUUUAUUUUAUUUUUAUUUAUAAUUAUAUUGUUCGUCUUCCAAAGAUUAUAAAACUGGGAUGGCACAAAUAAAUGUAUCUAAUGUAUCUAAACAA